AAAGUUUCCGGACGGUGACACGAUCAUAAGUGAGUCGUGGGUGACGAUGGGAUUGAUGUGUAUAUAAGAACAACAUGUAAUCCAUCAACUAUCUUAAUCGCAUCAUCAGAUUCUCUACAGACAAAGCGAUUUCCACCACCUCAAAACUCCUUUCAAAAUUCAUCGCAAUCAUGACCGGUAUGAGAGUUGCUCAAUUGUUGGAGCAAGGAAAGCCUUUGAAAGUCACGACCAUUGAGAAGCCAACUCCAGGACCAAAAGAUGUUCUCGUCAAAGUCGAGGCCGCUUGUCUUGUUCCAAACAGUGCCAAUGUCAUAACAAAAGGUCCAGGCCUUUAUUUUACCUUGCCGGAGUUACCAAGUGUUUUCGGUUUGGAUGCUGCCGGUGUUAUUGAAGCUGUGGGAGAAAAUGUUGUUGGGCUAAAGGUCGGGGAUCGAGUUUAUGUCGACCCGUACAUAAGUUGUGGCUCCUGCAAACCAUGUCGAAAGGGGAGGAAGGAUUUAUGUGUCUCGGCAUGCCUACGUGCGUACUUCGGAAGUGCAACCCCAGAAGGAAAGGUAGUUCUUAACCAGUAUCCCAUUGGUUCACUUUCACAAUACUUGUUAUCACCUGAUGCCAAUAUUGCCGUGAUCCCUCCCUCGAUCGACAUCAACACCGCAGCUCGAUUUGGCUACAUCGGUACUUCGUACGCAGGUCUGAAGAAAUGUGGAAUGGGACCUGGAAAGACACUUGUAAUCAACGGUGUGACAGGUACUUUAGGAUAUGCCGCCGUAGCGAUUGCUCUUGGUUUUGGUUGUACAAAGAUUCUGGGCAUCGGACGCAAUAAAGAACGUCUCGCUGAGAUCGAAGGAAUGGCUACGGAGGGACGUAUUGCUGUCCGUUUCACUGAAGAUGAGGGAGAUCUCAUCCAAUGGAUUAAGGAACAAACGAAUGGAUCAGGUCCCGAUGGUCUUUAUGAUUGUCUUGGUAAUGGUGGUGAUGUAGACGGUACCGCUAAACUGAUCAGCGCUAUGAAGCGUGGUGGAAGAGUAGCAUUGGCUGCUGGUGGAGUACCUGGUGAUAUCACUCACACUUACGCCGAACUCAUGAUGCAGGACGUUAGUGUUAACGGGACACUGUGGUUUACCAGCGAGGAGAUAGAUGAGUGCAUCGAGUUGAUUGGAGCGGGAGUCAUUGACUUCUCAUUCCUCAAACACAAAUUCUUCUCAUUGGAUGAGGUCAAUGAUGCGUUCAAGACUGUAGGAGACCGUCCUGGUGGAGCUUUGAAUGUUAUUGUACAGCCACAGGCAUAGAACCAACUUCAUAGAAGAACGGUUUAGAUAGAAAAUGAUACAACGCACUUAUAUCUCCUUUAACAUUCAUCCUGAUUUCACAAAACUGUGUCUGUCAGAACUAAACCUCUUAGUGGUGCUUAGUCAAAACAUAAAAUCAACCCCAUCACUACG